CUGCGGAGACAGAGGUGCGCGCAUCAGAGUGGAGGAGGGCGCAAGCACGUUUAAAUACUGGAGACCUCAGAAACUAGAUCACAGCAUCACAGUGCGAAACAUCAGCACCACAUACACGGCAAAAACAUGGCAAACGCUUACCUUCAAGGAGUAGAGAUCUCCGCCUCUCAGUUCCUGGAUAUAUUUCAUCACUAUGACAACGAUGGUAAUGGAUAUAUCGAGGGGAAGGAGUUGCAGAAUUUUAUCAAAGAACUACAACAAGCACGAAAACAAGCAGGACUGGAACUAACAGACAAAAUGAAAGCCUUCGUGGAGAAAUAUGAACAGAAUGCAGAUGGAAAAAUAGGUAUCAUUGAGUUGGUACAGAUAUUACCCACGGAGGAAAACUUUUUGCUAUUUUUCAGACAACAGUUAAAGUCCUGUGCAGAAUUUAUGAAGGCCUGGAGAAAUUAUGAUGCUGAUCACAGCGGAUACAUUGAAGCUGAUGAACUUAAGAACUUUUUGAAAGAUUUACUUCAGAGGGCCAAAAAACCAUACGAUGAGAAGAAAUUAGAGGAAUACACACAGACUACGGUAAAACGGCUCCAAAUCUUAACAAGAUCUAGCUGCGUUUGGUGCCACCUAGGAGUGUUUUCCAAUUUAAUAGAGGAAAUGUUGUUUGAAUUUUUACAGCUUAAAAUCUUCGAUUCGAAUAGAGACGGGAAAUUAUGUUUGUCAGAAAUGGCGAGGCUGUUACCAGACCAGGAGAACUUUCUACUAAAAUUUCAGGGUGUAAAAAUGGCCAGAAAAGAGUUCAACAAGAUUUUUGAGUUUUAUGAUCAGGACAGGAAUGGUUACAUGGAUGAAAAUGAGCUUGACGCCCUCCUCAAAGAUCUUUGUGAGAAAAACAGCAAGAUGCUAGAAGUAAAAAAAAUCCCCACAUAUAAAACCGCCAUCAUGGCUUUGUCUGACGGGGGAAAGCUCUACAGAUCAGAGUUAGCGCUCGUGUUGUGCACAGAGGAGAUGUGAAACAGGACACCAACCCUUCUGUACUCAUACCAUCCCAGAACCACGCCCACCGCUCACCUGUCAGGUGUAACAUAGCUAGAUCAUAUGUACUGUAUAUUUACGUUCUUUUAUUCCGAACAUUGACUUCACAACACCUACUUUCAAUUCGUUGUUUCUACCGUUUCUAACUGUACAGAUUUUUUCAAUAAUAACAGAUACGAUGAUUAUGAACUGCACUGCGCGCAUCGCAUACAUCAAACAUGUUCUUUAACAAAGAGGAAACGUUACACAGUAAGAAAUAUCUUUCCAACAUUAAAUAUACACGCUGACAUUUAUCAAACGAUAUUGUAGCCAUAAGCAAUAACGUCGUACAGAAUGCUGAAAAACAUGACCUGUUGGUGGGAUCUAUAUCGAACUUUAAAGGACUACUGUACAUUUAUUUUGCGAUGCAUGUUUGUGGAUGGCAGCUCGUGAGGCAUUUCUGACUUUAAGCACAUGGCGAGUGUAACGCAUCGCCCCGGUCCUGUCUCUGAUGUUAGAUCAACAUUAUUUUGCAUUGUAAACGAUGACCAGCUCUUCUAUGCCGGACACAAUAGACACUGUGUAAGAAGAUAUUAAACUUAUUGAAAGACUGACUACAUGACAUAUGUUUUGUGUGCGUUGUGUACGUGUUUCUUCCGUCCACAGAGAUUAGUUUCAUAUAACAUUAUCACAAUAUGCAUUAUGUUAGUUUGUUUAGUAAAUAAAACCAUUCUUCAGUGUAAAGUCCUGCAUUGACAUGGUGCAUGAGUAAGCGCUUGCAAUAGCAGAGUUUCUCUCUGUAGAGUUACAUUUGGAGUUUAAAAAGAUUAAAAAUCUUAUCUUGGAAAUUGAAGCGGUGACCUUGGAGAGAUGCACAGUCAGGUUUUGUGUAGGCAAGAUUUACUGUACAUCUUGAUUGAUUUGUUACCAAACGGAUACAUACUCAAAAGAAAAAAACAAUUAACUUACAUAUUUUAUUUUCCAUUAUCAAGAAUGCAUUAAAAAUGCUAUUGGAAUAAAGAGAUUAAAAUAUUAAAUGAA